ACAACAACCCCUAUACCAGAAAUACCCGAAACAACUGCCCCUAUACCCCCCAAAACAUCACCUCCUACCCUUUGGAUAACAACCCCAAAAUCCGUAGUUUCCUCCAUCAACAAUGAGAUACUAUCUGGACUCCCCAAAACAGCUCCUGAGCUCAAACCCCUUCCUCCAGCUCCACCUGUACCUGCCAUGAUCCCACCUGUCCACACUGAGAGGAAGGAACAGCGAGACACAAAGACAUCCAGGACAGAAGGUCUUCCUCCAUCUCCAGCCUGGUCUCAGCUCUCCAUUGACUCGGAUUCUGACAUGACGGAAAGUUCUGGACUCCUGCAGGAAGUCAGAAUCUGUCCUCCUCAGAGGCCAGGCCCUCUCAUCAUCUUCAUCAUUGGAGGUCCCGGAAGUGGGAAGGGAAGUCAGGCAGCUAGGCUAGCUCGUUGCUACAGCCUCAGAGUCGUCUCAUUGGAUGAGCUGCUAAGGAAGCAACUGCUAAGCCACACCUCCCCCAGCAAGAAGUGGAAGGUUAUUUCAGAAAUGAUGGGUCAUGGAGCGCUGGGACCACAGGAGGAGAUGACCUCAGAGUUGAGGCGACAGCUGAUUGGUCAGCAGGUCAGAGGCUUCAUUGUGGAUGGGUUCCCUCGAGACAUCCACCAGGCUCUCAGCUUCCAGGAACAGCUUGGCUCUCCUGACCUGGUGAUGCUGCUUCUCUGCUCCAAUGAGACGCUGGGCUGCCGCCUGCAGCGACGAGCCACACGGCUCGGUCUUCUAGGCGACAAUAGCCACGCCCUGCGGAGACACCUAGAGACGUUUCAGAGAGACAUCGUCUCCAUCAGCAGAUACUACAGACAGCUACAACUGCUGACAGAGGUGGACGCAGACAGAGAUGAGGAGGUGGUAUUUGCUGAUCUGAGUUCAGUCAUCAGAGAGAAACUGCUUCUAAAGAACUCACCAGAUCCUGCUGAUAUCCCAGAAUGCAGAUGUGCAGUCCCUGCUGUCUCCUGUAACAUUGCCUCCGUCAAUCAAUACCCAUGAACCAAUUAGCAUGGACCCUGAGCAGUCUCUUAGCAGUGUUCUUAUUGGAUAAUGAUGUUUAUUACCUGUAAGAUUUCAUGUGUGAUAUCCGAAUGUGUGUCCCCAUGUCUACCAGGGGCCUCAUUUAUAACCACUGCAUAUGUAAAAAAAGGGUGUGAAACGUGCACAUGCCACUUUGUAACACUCCAGCAACACUUCCCAGCUCAUCCUAGGGGGCUCCAAGGUGUUCCCAGGCUAGAUGAGAUGUGAAAUCUCUCCAGCAGGUUCUGGGUCUACACCGAGGUCUCCUCCGAGUUUUCAAUGCCAAAAGGUCAGGAGCGGGAGUUAGCUCCUAUGUGCAGCGAGAGUUAGCCCACAGGUGCAGCCGGGGUUUAGCCCACAGGUGCAGCCCCCAGGUGCAGCUGCAGUUAGCCCACAGUUGGAACGGCAGUAAGCCCACAGGUGCAGCCGGAGUAAGCCCCCAGGCGCAGCCGGAGUAAGCCCACCGGUGCAGCGGGAGUUAGCCCCCAGGUGCAGCGGGAGUUAGCCCACAGUUGGAGCGGCAGUUAGCCCACAGGUGCAGCAGGAGUUAGCCCACAGCUGGAGUUGCAGUUAGCCCACAGGUGUAGCUGCAGUUAGCCCACAGGUGCAGCGGGAGUUAGCCCACAGUUGGAGUUGCAGUUAGCCCACAGUUGGAGCGGCAGUUAGCCCCCAGGUGCAACUGCAGUUAGCCCACAGGUGCAGCGGGAAUUAGCCCACAGUUGGAGUUGCAGCUAGCCCACAGGUGCAGCGGGAGUUAGCCCACAGUUGGAGCAGCAGUUAGCCCACAGGUGAAGGGGGAGUUAGCCCCCUAACAGUUGGAGCUGCAGUUAGCCCACAGUUGGAGCGGCAGUUAGCCCACAGUUGGAGCGGCAGAUAGCCCACAGGUGCAGCGGGAGUUAGCCCACAGUUGGAGUUGCAGUUAGCCCACAGGUGCA